ACUGCAACGCACGCAAAGUGUAUGAUAGCAGCUUACGCGUCCACCUUCGACCAACUUUUUGACCCCUCGCCAACAUCACCUUACACCUUCUCAAGUGACAUGUCUUCUCCUACAACUCGAGCGACUCGCGCGGUGGCGGAAAAGGUUUUUCAUGCCAUCUGCGACGCAAUUAAGUCUGGUAAGCCUGAAGUACUGGAGUUUGCCAAUCUCGAUUCUGCGGUCUCCGAUUUAGUACUUGAUAGCCUCUUCGACCGUAUCAAUGGUCACCUAGAAGAACAUAGUUUUCAGUAAUACCCCUUGUGAUAUGCUAUGACCUUUUGCUAAUUCACAUUAGCGUCCACUUCUCAGCUCUAGACCACCAUCUACUGGUAGUCAUGCCCAGCCUCCUUCAUGAGGCUGCAGGUGCAUGGCUAAUUGAGCAAUACACUCGGUGGAGGGGAGCAAACCUCAUUAGUAGUGAGGCUAGUAGAGCAAUAAUGAAGCCGGUAUCACCACGUAAGUGCACCAGAUUACAGUCGCCAAUGGUAGUACUAAGUGACCAGGAAUCGACAAUUUCAUCGGACAGUAUGCCAAUACUGUAAAAGAACCAGACUUCUCUUUUAUUCCUGUUGGUCCCAAUAGAGUGAAGAGAGAUUUUCCCUCUAUUGUCCUAGAGGCUGGUUGGUCAACUACAGCAGUUGGUUUAACUGAGGCCCGUCGUAUCUGGCAUGACGGGUCUGGGGGGCGUGUUAUGGUGGUGAUCUUGGUAAAGCUGUUUAGGCCAAGAGGUGCAAAUGACCCGAUUCGUGUGACUCUGGAAAUCUCGCAUACCACCCCUGGUGCUGCGCAGUGUUCCCAACCAUCCUGGGCGCCCUACAGGGCCCUGGCGGGCUUGCAGUCCCGGGCGUCCCGGGCAGGGUGGGUAAGGACAGCAGGGCAUGGCGUCCGUCUUUAAUAAAGACCGCCGUCCGAAGGGUUGACGCCCGGGCCUGGGAGUCUUGAUACAAAUGGCAUCUUCCGGCCGUCCUCACCGGGGACUGGCCGUCAUUCGCAGAGCCCGACAGUCAUUUGCAGGGCCCAGCCAUCAUUCAUAGAGCCCGGCUGUCAUCUGUAGGGCCCGACCGUCAUUCGUAGGGCCCGGACGUCAUCUGCAGGGCCCGGCUCUCAUCUGCAGGGCCAUUUGCAGGUGAGACACCUAUAGGGCCCGGCCGACCGUCCGGGUAGUGGUUAGGACGGACCACAGGAUAGGCGUCCGUCCAAGGCAGAGUUCCAGCAACCGGUGUCCGUCCCGUCCGAAGCCAAGGAUGGACGGACUGGACGCUUGGGAACACUGGUGCUGCGUUCACUGUGUCCACGAUGGUACUUUCUCUCUUUUUAUUCUCUAGGCUAGGGUGCCUAUCAUUUGCUGAUAUUGAGAAGUCCGUGUUUCCAAAUCCCGGUCCUGCACAACAAGAUCCAACUCUUACAAUCAUGGAGUUAUUCGGGGGACAAUGUCCACCAAACCAUAACCCUCAGACAGUACUUCCGCUUGAACUUGAGAUCUUGCGCGAGAAUCUAGAGACCGCCAUUGUCGAUUAUGGACGCCUUCCCGCUUAACUUUUCAAUCGAGAUGGGAUUCGGAGGUCAGAUGUAAUGGCAAUAAUAUAGUUUUCAGAAGGCCAAUUGUUAACUUCAUGUUCGCUGGAAGCUUGUACAGAGGAGGGCAGUAAGCUGGGUGACAGGGAUUUCGACCACGCCUAGUUUGCGGCCACCGCAAUAGUACCAGGUAUCACGAAGUGCGAGCUUUUGUAUUGGGUCUACCAGAGCAAUACAAGCGGAAAUGGGCUUGACAUAUUUACAACUGCUACUCAAACAUACAUGACUCCUUCUUUGCUUUCUCAAGUACAUAGGAGGAUUGCUGGAAUUCAGCUUCUCCUGCAGCCUUCUUUUUAAACUCUGCCUGCACCUUUGCUGCCUCAUCCAUCGCUUUCUUAAUGGUUUCCAUAUUCGUUAAGGGC